AUGGAUUCUGAUGAAGUAGACGGGGGCAAUAUGAGCAGUACCAAAAAGAAGGGUGUAAAGGUAAGUGGAAAACAUUCUGAUUGGGACAGAAGAAUCACCACAGAGCCCAUAAUCCAGACUGAAUUAUCUGCUCCAAGCCUCACUGACACCCCCAGCAUUGUUUCUACUAGCCCGCACUGCCAGCCCACCAUCUCUAUUGAAAAAUCGAGCCAAGACAAUGUCUGUACUGAUGAUUGGAGUGAAGCCGGCCACCAGGGCAUUCUACCUCCUACAGGGGCAGGCAUCUCUAAACAAACAAUGGAUGAACUGAGGAGUCUGUUGAGGGAAAGCUCCAUAUUGCAUAUUAAAGACAGAGAUAAAGGCCAUUCACCUGGUCAGCACAAUCAAAUGCCCAGACUAAAAACUGACUGCAAACCAGAUGAAGUACAACCAAGCUCUUUUACAACCUUUAAACCCAUUCAAGGGAGUAACAGAAGAGCCUCAAGAGUAAGAGAUUCAGCUGGAUUGGAACCUGGUGGGCCAUCAAUGACUGACGAACAUACAAACAGGGCCUCAAGUUAUAGAUCACCCACUGAUGACAGAACCCACUGGAUGGCCACCUCGCAGACAGAUAGCAAAGAGAUAACUGAAUCUCGGGGAUCCCAAAGCUUCAUUUCCAAGGUUGAACACAUAAAACAGCAGAUCUUCCGUGAGAACAUUGACUUUGUACGCUUUGAAGCCACUGAUCUUCAUGGUGUGUCAAGAUCCAAGAUAGCCCCAGCUUAUUUAUUUCAGGAAAAAGCAUAUUAUGGUGUGCCCAUGCCAAGAAGCUACCUGGAGCUGACAGCUAGUCCCAAGGACAAUGAGGUUGAUCAUUCAACAGCAACCAGUUUCAGCAGUGAUGUUCUACUGAUCCCUGAUCUGUCCACCUUUCAAGCCCUUCCAUGGGUUGAAAAAACUGCUCGCAUAAUUUGUGACCCUUACACCGUGACAGGGAUUCCUUUGCGCACAUCUCCUCGCCUUAUGGCUAAAGUGAUGCUUGGUCACCUUCAGGCCAUGGGGUUUUCAAUUCUUUCUUCCUUCACAUAUGAAUGCUGCAUCUUCAGUGUGUCAAACCGUGUGGGUCCCAAGAUUGUAUUUUUCCCUGCCACUACAUUGCUGAGCAAUCCCGACCUGCCUUUUAUACAGCAGCUAGUCAGAGGGAUGUACCACAUGGGUGUUGAAGUAGACACCUUCGCAUCUUCCACUGGUCCAGGGCAGAUAGAGAUCUGCUUCAAGCCUAAACUUGGGAUUGAAGCUGCUGACAGUGCCUUCACCUUUCGCACUGGUAUUAAAGAAAUUGCCAGGAAGUACAACUACAUUGCCACCUUCCUUAGUGAUGAUACCAUUUACAGUGCAGGCGCCUUGUCUCACAGCCUGUGCGAUGCCAAUGCCAGGAGAAGUCUUUUCCAUUCAGGCACUGGUGAACUGUCUGAAAUUGGCAAGAAGUGGCUUGGUGGGCUUCUCCACCACUCGCCAGCCCUAAGCUGCCUAACAGUGCCAGGGAUUGACUGCCGUACUCAUCUCACCAAAGGCAAAGAUUCAAAGUGCACAUUUGCCACAUGUGGCUGCAAUGACAAUAUGUGUGACUUUAAUGUGAAGGUCCACGGUGGACGGGAGACCCACAUUGAUAACAGGAUAGGCUCUGCAAUGGCAAAUCCUUACAUAGUCUUGGCAGCUACAAUUGCAGCUGGACUGGAUGGUAUCCAGCAAAACCUCAGUGCAGAACAUUAUCUCAACAGAGCUCCAACACAGCAGAAACAGUUUGCAAUUCCUGUUAAACUAGAGGACGCCUUGGUGGCUCUGGAAGAAGACAGUGUGAUUCGAGGGGCGCUCGGUGAGUCGUUUGUUCAAUAUUUUAUCGCCAUGAAGCACCUGGAGAUUGAGACACAAGAGACUGAUACAGAUAGAAACAAAAAUCUGGAAUAUUUUAUUUAG